CGUUCAUCUGACAUUUAACAACUAACAAAAUACAAAGCUGAAACGUCCAAAUAACUACGUUUCAACAACGAUCAACUAGUUGAAUUGUUCAUCUCCGGAUUGAUUUGUUUUUUUUUCGUGUUUUCAAAUUGGUUUUGUGAAAAUUCGCUUACGUUGUAGUUUUUUUGUCGAUUUUCUCGUCUUUUUAAUUAGGCCGUAUAGUUUGUAAAUUGCAUCAGCAAACAUGCAAUGUAUACAGAGUUAUGGAAAUAGUAGUAGUAGCAGUGACUCUGAGUCAGAUAAUGGUGAAAGUACGGCACAUUUGCGGCCGAUUGACACAAGCAGCUCAGUGGCGAAAACAUUAACUGUAAUGGCGGCACCAGCUGUUGUCCCAAUGGGCCAAAGUGCUGUUUCGCGCGUAGUCGAUCCAACAUCCAAAGAACUGAUGUAUAAUCCAAAAUACGAGGAAUUGUACGCACCAAUUCAAGGACCAGAGAAUCCAAAUCAAACGAAUCAACAGAAAGCACAGCGAAACACAUUGUCUGGUUUCGUGGAAAAGGCACACAUUUCAGCGUUCAACUUUGAGAAUCAACGACGCACAUUCCACACAUACGGCUAUGCUUUGGAUCCGUCUGUAAACGAUAAAGAUAACGAUGGAAAAACUUAUGUGGGAGAUGUACAGACAGCAUACGAUACAAAUGGAAAAACUGUGUUUGAAUCGCCACGACCAAAGACGAAACGAAAACAAGAGCGAAAUGAUAAUCCAGAAGAUAUUGAAGGCUUCUCUGGACCCUGGGGUAAAUAUGAGAAUGAAGAGGCCAUCGCACGGCCCAACGAACAACAAAAAGCCGAACUUGAAGAAAUUCUGGCUAAAAGACAUCGACGCAGUCGAAUAUCUGAGGAAAAACCAUUGGAAGAAAAAUCGAUAUUGCACAUCAAAGACGCAACAGACUAUCAAGGUCGUUCGUUUUUGCAUGCUCCACACGAUGUUGGCGUGAAUCUUCGAUCGUCGGCACAUCCGGACAAAUGUUUCCUUCCGAAAUCACAUAUUCACACAUGGACCGGCCAUACAAAAGGCAUAUCAGCCAUUCGAUUGGUGCCAAAGACAGCACAUUUACUCUUGUCGGGCAGCAUGGAUUGCCGUGUCAAAUUAUGGGAGGUGUACAAAGAACGACGAUGCGUUCGCACAUACUUUGGCCAUCGGCAAGCUGUCAAAGAUGUCGGAUUCAAUAAUGAGGGAACACAAUUCCUUUCCGCUGCCUAUGAUCGGUACAUUAAACUCUGGGACACCGAAACUGGUGACGUUGUACAUCGGUUUACAUCGAAGAAAAUUCCAUUCUGUGUUAAAUUCCAUCCGGAUCGAAGUAAGCAACAUCUCUUCGUCGCUGGCACAUCGGAUAAGAAAAUUAUUUGCUGGGACACACGAAGCGGUGAAAUUGUUCAAGAGUAUGAUCGGCAUUUGGGUGCGGUUAACUCAAUCACAUUUGUGGAUGAGAAUCGGCGCUUUGUUACAACAUCCGAUGACAAGAGUAUGCGAAUUUGGGAAUGGGACAUUCCGGUCGAUGUAAAAUAUAUCGCUGAUCCAACGAUGCACUCGAUGCCGUCUGUAACUCUGUCACCCAAUAGCAAAUGGUUGGCAUGCCAGAGUCUUGACAAUAAGAUUUGCAUAUUUUCCGCAUUGAAUCGAUUCAAAAUGAAUCGAAAGAAAACAUUCACCGGUCAUAUGGUGUCUGGGUAUGCAUGCAGUUUAGACUUUUCACCGGAUAUGAGUUACCUAGUGUCGGGCGAUGGUGAUGGCAAAGUCUACAUUUGGGAUUGGAAAACAACCAAAUUGUAUAAGAAAUGGCAAGCACAUGAUGGCGUCUGCAUAACAACGCUAUGGCAUCCACAUGAGCCAAGCAAACUUAUCACCGCCGGAUGGGAUGGUGCCAUCAAAUAUUGGGAUUAAUUUUAUCAUUUAAGUAUUUUUCACAUACGUUUUUUUUUUCUUCAUCCAUUAAAAACAAUAGAAAUGUUGUGCAUUAUUUUAGGGACAAAUUCAUGAAGCAGAAGAAAAACAGAAUAAAAAAUGUAAUCGAAUUCAAAUAAUGUUCAUUAAGGUGAUUAAUUUAAAUAAAUUGACAAAAUAAAAAAAUGCAAUCAGAACGAAA